AGUAUCGUCAAAAACAAAAAUACACCAGUAAAAGGGACGGAAGGAGCAGAAAAUAACUUCAUCCUCAUCCUUUUUCUUCAUGUGACUCAGUUAUUUCAUCCUCAUCCUUUUUCUUCAUGUGUUUCCGAACGGAUCAUCGUCGAAUGUAAAGUGAUUUGCCCUAACUUAAACAUCUGAGGUAGUAUAAUUUACUAGCGAUUAGCUAUUGUUAUCGGGUCCAAUGCGAGGAGGAGCUCUUAAGGCAGUAAUUAACAGAUUCUCCAGCUCGAUUUCUCCUCGCUUUCUUCGGUUUCGGGACGUAUCAGCAUCCACGUGUUUCCAUCAAAUGGAUGGAUCAAAUAGUUGCUUUGCUUCAGCUCAAAUUGAUGAGACUUUAGGAGAAGCAUCUGAAACUACAUAUGUGAACGGUUUGUUACCAAAAAAGUUCUCAAAUCAAGCACGCAGAUCGUUGGUCAAUUUUCACGAUACGUCAAAUAUAUCAAGGCAUUACAGCUCCUACUACAAAGAUCAUACAGUAAAGCAUAAGUUACUAGGAACCAUUCCUGGAUUUGUAAAAAUAUGGGAAGUCGGUCCAAGGGAUGGGUUGCAAAACGAGAAAGAGAUUGUGCCCACUGCUGUGAAGGUUGAGUUGAUAAAGAUGCUAGUUUCUUCCGGGCUGCAUAUUGUUGAGGCUACUAGUUUUGUCUCUCCAAAAUGGGUACCUCAGCUAGCAGAUGCAAAGGAUGUAAUUCAGGCAAUUCAAAACGUUGAAGGUGCUCGAUUCCCCGUUUUAGCUCCUAAUCUCAAAGGUUUUGAGGCAGCUGUUGCUGCUGGAGCUAAAGAGGUGGCUGUAUUUGCUUCAGCGUCCGAGUCCUUCUCGCGAUCAAACAUAAAUUGUAGCAUUGAGGAUAGUCUUGCUCGUUUCCGCGAGGUUGCUCUUGCUGCGCAGAAACUUUCUAUUCCAGUCCGGGGAUAUGUAUCCUGUGUUGUCGGGUGUCCGGAGGAAGGAGCAGUACCACCUUCAAAAGUGGCCUAUGUGGCUAAAGAACUUCUGAGUAUGGGCUGUAUGGAAAUUUCCCUUGGUGAUACAAUUGGCGUUGGGACCCCUGGAACUGUUGUUCGAAUGCUGGAAGAAGUUGUUAAUGUUGUGCCCAAAGAGAAACUUGCUGUUCAUUUCCAUGACACAUAUGGGCAAGCUCUUUCUAACAUUCUUGUGUCCCUUCAAAUGGGGAUCAGCACGGUCGAUUCUUCUGUAUCAGGACUUGGGGGUUGUCCAUAUGCGAAAAGUGCAACUGGAAAUGUUGCCACAGAGGAUGUUGUUUAUAUGCUUGAUGGAUUAGGAGUGAAGACCAAUGUUGACCUAAGAAAGCUGAUAUUGGCCGGAAAUUUCAUCUCUAAACAUCUUGGAAGACCAUCUAGUUCCAAAACUGCAAUUGCCUUGAGCAAGACUUUGGUAAACGUAUCAAAGCUUUAAAGUACUUCCAAUUACUAAAGCUACCAUCUGAAGCUCCAUAAUGAAUUUGAGAACAAAGACAGAGAAAUUAACAGUGGCAUCAAAACCAUAAAAUGGCCUUUUUCUAUUAGGUGUUUGGGGAUCUCCCUUCUCGGUACUUAUGUUGUGUGUAAAACAAUAUACAUCCUUUACUGUAAAUCAUCCUUUAGAUAUUUAUUGCGCGGAAUUUGGGUCAAACAGUGAAGGGGGGAUUGUAAUGGCUGUUAACUGAAGAAGAUAGAGUAGCUUGUAAUGGCUGUUAACUAAAGAUAGAGAACUAUUUUUCAUAUUAUGUAGCACUAAAGUGGAGAUGGCACAAAAUCUACACAAUUUACAGAGAUGAGCAAAUUUUGCUUCUGAUAUAUUUCAAUUACGUUGGUUUUUUUA